AUGGUCUCGAAAUCCAAAGCACUCGCCGAGCUCUUCCGCUACAAAAAGUCUCAAUCAUCAAGUGAUCGAACACGGCGAGUCAGGGGGGAAGGGCGACAUGGUAACAUAUCUGCUUCUACUCGCAAGCGCCCUCAGCCGGCUCCUUCCCCUGUUACCUCAGAUGAACGUGAUUUACUGCGUGUCGGCAACCCAAUUGCCUCGCUUGUCUGCUGGGAUGGUCAGCCCUUUUUAGCGCUUGGUCAGGUCAAUGCCAUUCGCUCCGAGUCCAUUCUCUGCGAUGAACUGCCUGCAUACCUGCUCGGUGAAGAUGGGACUCAUAUCUCUUUCCAGCUUGUGGGAUUACAGCAGGCAACUCUUGACGACGAUUCCCGUGGCAUCUAUGAUUGGCGCUCCAGCAUUCUCCUCUCUAUUCAGUUCCCAGAUGUGCCUGGAGCACUCGUCUCUCCUAUUGACCCGGAGCUGGCUGUCCCGUCUCUGGGGAAACAGUUCUAUCUUUUCGAAACCCCUGCCCUAAUUGCACUCACGGCCACUUUGCGGGACAAGCUAAUUCCACGGUAUUCACACCGUUUGCUCAAGGUUGAGUCGUGCAGCUUCGGUUUCCCUUAUAAAGAGGGCUCAGGUGGUUUAUGUUUCCUGGCCGAGGGCGGCGAUGCGCGCGAAUUCUCGCCGUUGUCUUGCCCUAGCUGUGUGCCCGAAAUAGUGUUUGAUACCAAUGGUGGCCAACAACUUUUGCUUCACGUUGGCGCCCACGUUCUCUUUGAUACGCGUGUGGACCAUGACUUGGAGCCAUGUGGUCUUUGCUUGCGCUCCCGAACAGUUUGUCAGAUUUACUUGAAGGCUAAUCGUGGCCAAGACAGGAACCCUUCCGUUGACCGGGCGCGAUCAACGUGCAACAAUCAAGUUAAAUUCUCGUACGCAGUUGCACAAAAAUUCCGCCCGACAACCGCACCCUGUACAAACGUCCCUGUACACUGCCCGGCCUGCGGUCACGACAAGCCGGCAGUUUGGACUUACAACUUCGAUUAUCACCUCAAGAAAUCUCACUCGCAGUCCGUAUACCAAAAACACUCUGGCAAGUACACGAUAAGCGACCGGGAAUGGAAGAUUAUGAAGAAUAUGUGGGAUAACCGGCGCGUCGUUGCAACAACGUUGUCGUCAAAGGGUAAAAAUGUGCCUGCAGUGAUCUCCGAGUCGCACAGCGCUCGCAUGGUCAACAGGUGCGUCGUAAUACUGAUUUUUUACUAA